AUGUCAUAUGUGAGUCAGGGAAAGCUACGCUUCCUAACAAGACACGUUGAUCAACGAGAUUGGGAGAAACCAUUCCAGUUCCUGAUGAAUACAACAAUUCAUGUUGGAAAUAUGAAGAAAACAGAGAGAAACAUCAAUGUUACUUUGUCAAAAGAAGAGAUUCAUGGAAAUUUGACCUGCAUGGAAAACCAACCCCCAGAAGGAUCACAUGCCCUAGCAAUCUGCUUUCGAAACAUUGUGGAAAUCAUGACAAAAUUGCAAGAAGAAGAUGUUGAAAGAAUUGCAGAGUUUUACUUUGAACAGCUUGACAUAUAUUUGCCUGAGGACAAAAGAGCAAAGGAAAAUAUGGUUGAUGUGUUUGGAGCUAUGAAUACAGAACUCUCAGAUAAGAUUCUGGCUGAAAAGAUAUUCUUAAACCCCAACCCUGAUCAUGAGAUGAUCAAAAGAAUUCUGACACAUGUGGCAACAAAAUUAAGGUCUCCUCACAAGAUUCUUCUGCAAGUUUUAGAAGAUGCUGUCUUUCACAAAGAAAAGUUUCCCAAAGAAUUUUAUGCAAAGGACACCCAUAGUCGAUGCAUGUUGGCACUAGGUGCAGUGAGUCACAAAUUGACCAAAGAAGGAAAUGUUAAUCGAGCAAGAAGAACAGUGAAAUGGGUGCAUUCUGUACUGGGCAUGCAUGAUCCAUAUGAGUACAGAAAAAGGAGAGCAGUGAUGACGGAGAAAGAAAAGGAAUUUUAUGAUCAUCACAAAGUGAUUUUGCUGGAGACACUGGGAAAUGCCCGAAUGGAUGAGUCUUAUGAUUACAUUAUCUCUCACAUCAACAGUACAAACUCACAGUGGAUCAAAAGAGCUGGAUGUCAUGCAUUGAGGAAAUACGAACAUCAGCAUGCGGCUGAUACUCUUCUGUAUUCUGCAUUAUUUGAUGAGGACCAGUCUGUUCGUUAUGAAGCUGCCCUUUUGUAUAUGGGACAUCCUAAAGGCAAAAUGAUUGCUCCAUUGAAUAGUGAAACAACAGGAAAUGGUACGGCAAUGAUAGAUCCAUAUGAUGCGGGCAUUGAUGUGUUGGACCUUGCUCAAAACCAUCAUAGGUCUCGGAGGAGCAUCUGGGAUGGACUUAAAUUUAGAUUGGAAGCACCAAGUGUGGACUGGCAGAAGUUGAUAGGAUCAAAAAGCAUUGGGGCAUCAUUUGGUGUGAUCAUGAUGAAUCUUCUGGACUUAGUUGUUGCACCAACACAUGGCCAUGUUAAAGUUAAAGUUCAUGAUGAGGCGUAUGCCAGAGUCCAUCUUGGCUUCAUUGGAAAAAACAUUGAGUUUUUUCUGGCCAGAGUUUGCUUUAAAGGAGGAGCUGAAUACAGCAUAAAUAUUCUUCAGGGAAAUGAUAUGAAGAAAAUAAUAAAGCUGGCAGCCAAUUUCUCUAAGAAGUUGAAGGAGAUUGUGGAAGGAAUCAAGGAGGGUGUUCAACUCUUCAAAGACGUCAUAUCUGGGAGACUGAACAUUAAGGAUAUCAUUAAAGAGCUGAUUCAGGCCAUCACUAGUUUGCCACAAAAGAUUUUGAAACUGAGGGACAUUGCAUCUUCAGCCAUGAAAAAGAUCGGAAGUUUUGAUCCGGCAGACUUACCAGUGGAGUUCCAGCCAGUGAUAAACUUUGUCCACAAAGUGACCAAGUUAUUUAAUGACAUCAAAACAGAUGUAAUGGGGUUUGUGCAUGAAAUUGAACAGGCAAUUAAUGUUGUUAUUCCAAAGCAAGGAAAAGACAUUUUUGAUGCAGUGAAAGAUAUAAUUGAUGGCUUUAAAAAUAUUCUUAAAAAUCCCAAAGAGGCAUUGAUGAAAAUUGGAGGGAGCAUUUUUAAGAUUUAUCAAGCUGUAAAAAUUGUUCUUGAACAGAAAGACAAAAUUCAAGAUGCUUGUUUCUUUCUGAGAGAUGACAAGCCAUACUGGUUUGAUGUAGCAGGGUUAGUGUCUGAGUACAGUGACAUGGCAGCCAAGGCGUUUAGAAGUUUAGAGACAUCAGGUACAGAGUGGAUAAGUGAGAAAGUUGACGAAGCAGAGGAUGCAGUGAUAAAGUUUUCUAAGGGAAAGUUCUCCAUGCAAUCUAUGAAAAAAGAGGUGGUAGAUUUAUUGAAAACAAUAAAAGAAGAGUUGAUGGACCCAUUUAAAGGUUUAAUUGGAAUGGCUGAUACAUUUAUUAACAAGUAUGGGAAGGUUUUCAACAUUAUCAAGUCCGUAAAAGAUGCAUAUGAUAUUCUGAAGGAAGGGUAUGAAACAGCCAGAGGAAUAAUAGACUCCCUGUUUGGAACCAGAACACAUGGGCGUUUCCCUGUAGUUCGCAGAGAAAAGGAUGACCAGUGUAGUGGCAGUGGAGAAUAUCCGUCAAGUCUUGGAAGUGGCCAUACAAAUUACAGGCAUGAAGGAGUGGACAUUGUUAUAGACAGUGGGAAAACAAUUGUUGCCCCAUUUGCUGGAGAGGUCACAAGAGAAGAUGGAGACACAGUAAAGCUAGUGGUACAGGGAGGCUCACUGAAGGAGGCCAUCAUAUAUAUCACCAAUAUUGAACCAAAAUCUAAUAUAGAAGAAGAGGAGCCUAGAUCUUUUGCAGCAGGUCAACCCAUUGGAACAGCUAAGCAGUCAAAGUGCAAAAAUCAUAUACAUGUGUCCUUCCACAAAGAUGGUGAAUAUAUAGAUCCUACGAAAUAUUUGGAAUUUAAGCCUGUAACAAUGCCAGAAUGGAAACAACAGUGUGAUGAUUAUAAACUAGUGCUGAUGGAUGAAACACUUGCUGCUGGAUUCAUUGUUGGACUAGGUGGCCAACAGCCAGAAAAUAAUGACCCCAAGCUGGAAAACACAGAAGUAGCUGCAGAAAUACCUGACCUGCCAUCAUCUUUUGAUCCUGAUUUCACAACUGAUAUUAAAGAUGAUCCGGACAGUGCUUACAAUGCCAUGCAAGACCAGUCGACAAAUUCUGAUGUCUUGGAGAUUGAUGAUCAGGAAGAUAUGUGUCCAGCUUUGAUGGGGACUAAUUCUCCAGUGACCACUACCACAACAACAGUUGCUCCUGCCAAGACUGGAAAAGGUUUCUUCUCCAAACUUCUGAAGGCUGCAGACAAAUUCCUGCAGAAAUUCAACAUUCGUCGUCUUAAGUUUGGGACAAUCAUUGAGUUUCUAGACAAGCUUAAAAUGGUCAAAAGUAAAGAGGCAAUGGCUAAAGUGAUGAUAACUAUCAAAGAACUCAUAGAAAAUAAACCCUGUGUAAGCCCACAUGAAAUGACGGAAGAUCAGCUUACGAAUGAGUUGAUGGAAAGAGGCAAAGAUGCAUCAGGUUCAAGAGAGGACAUGGUGGCCAGACUUCUGGAGCUUGACCAAAGCUGUCCAUUGAUGUCCUUCACCAUGCCAAAGAAUGUAUACUGUACCUUUGACAGUCAUUGCUUGGGAGUGGAAUGUUGCAUCAAUGUUAAAAUUGCCAUGUUCCUUAAAGUCUUCAAGUUCUGGGCCAGAUUUGAUCCAUGUUCAGAACCAAUGCAAUUUGUGAUGGCAUUUGACAAGUUCAAUUACACAAUCAAAAUAAAAGGCAGUCUAAACUUUGAUGGUUUUGAAAAUGAACUGAGAACAGGGAUCAAGAUAAAUCUUAUGGGCGGCAUUGAAUUGAUUGUCAAAUACAGUAUUACUAAAGGAAAGGAAGCAGCGUUGGCCACAUUUGGUGUAGGCUUCUGUAGUUAUGAAGACAUUAACGACUGUAUUCUGUUUGUCAACUUACUGGACAAUGCAGUUCUGCCCAUUCCAAUUUGUCGGCCAGAUGGAACUCUUGUAUGGCCAGAAUUGGACUUUACAAAGCUAUUUGACAAAGAAGCACUUAUCAAAAGAAUAAAGGAGCAAGGGAAAGCCCUGACUAAAUUGGUUGUCUCAGAACUUAUGGAUGAGUUUUUAAAAUUGCUUCACAUUCCGAAGGCUAUGCUGCUUGACAGUGAACCCUCUCCAAGACCAGAAAAAAUGACAUUAGGACAAAUACAGGCAUCAUUGAUGUCAAGAAAUUUAUCAACAAAUGGAAAGAGAGACAUUCUUAACCAUAGGUUACUGGAAGAUGAUUUGUCAUGUACCAUUCUGAAGAAGGAUGUCAAUCUACCUGAAAUUUCUGGAGAACUUGGGAAAAUUCUGUAUUAUGCAAUACAGAAUGACUGCAUGAGGGUAGACGCUUGGGCAGAUAUCACAGUAUCACUUCUUGGACAAACCUACACCAAGACCCUAAGAGCAUAUGUAGAAUUGGAUCCCUGUAGCUUUAUUUUCCAAGUGGCAUUUGAGGGGUUUUCAUACACAAAGGUUCUUCUGAGUUAUGACUGGGGGACGGAUGAAACUGCAGAAAUUUCAAAGCAUGUCAUUGUCAAAUACAAAAUUGAUAGAGAUGUUGAAGAAGGCAUAUUUCUUGUGAGUUUUGGACUGAAGAUUUGUGCUGGAGAGUGCUUUUUAAAUGAUUAUUUUCUGAAGAACAUUAAAAUUCCUAUUCCACUGUGUGGAGAAUUUGUCCUUCCAGGUGGAGGGUCAUUCAGUGGCCUGUUACAAACAAUUGGAGGGAAAAUGACAGAAGAAGCAUUUGAGCUUGUGUUAAAAAAGUUUGAUCUUGAUAUGGUUUUUAAAUCUGGACCAGUGCAGCUACCACCAGGACCAGAUGAUUGUCCUAUUUCUUUUAACUUCCGACAGUAUCUACCCCCUGCAAUAAAAAAUAUGGUGACUUGUGUGCAGCCACCUAACUGUUGGGGGAUAGACUGUAGCCUGGAUUUGACAUUUACCAUUCCUCUAGGAAACAUUCAAAUCACAAAGAAUAUUCCUUUCUGGUUCAAACUGGACCCUUGCGAUUUUGGCAUUGAUAUUGGGUUUGGAACACAAACUUUGUUAAAAACCCGCCUUCUUCAAUAUGAGUUUGGUAAAGAGAAGUCUCUGACACUUGGAUCAGGAAAUCCUGCACCUAUUGAAAUCAUAUAUAAGAUUGAAAAAAUGGAAGGAAACAAAGGCUUUAUUGUGGAUGUCAAGGUGAUGAUAUGUCUACCUAUGGAUGGGAAGAAGUACUGUAUUCCAACUGAAGAAGGUCUACAGCUGCUCCAAAAUCAGGAAAUCCCAGUGUGUGACCAGAGAGCUCUCAUCAACUUCAAAAACUUUUCCAUCUCUGACUGGUUUAAAGAUAAGGCAUUGGACAUUGGAGAGCAGCUAGGAGAGGGAGCAAAGAUGUUAUUGUUAGAAGAACUGAACCUGACAAAUUUCUUCCAGAAAACUAAAUGUGACAGAACAAGAUCACCUUACAUUCCAUCUGUAGAGGGGAUGCACAACAUAUGUCCCAAAACCAUAGCAUUUUUGCCCUCCAAGAUUCCUGAUCCCAUGUCUUGCUACAUCCCUGACUAUUGCACGGGUAUAGAAUGCUGUGCUGAGAUCCCAGGUCUGGGAUUAGGAUUACAUUUGUUCUUGAAUUUGGAUCUAGACAAACUAGAACUGAGUUAUGGAUUUGAGAACUUGAAAACAAAGAUUAAACUCCUUGACUAUGUUUGGGGAGAUGAAAUUAAAGUUGAAGUGGCCGGAGGACUCAUUAAAUUUCUAUUCAACAUAAAACCCAUAACAGAUGAGAAUGUUUAUGUUUUCAAUGCCCGUGCAGCUGUUUGUUUGGAGGGUGGAAAAUGUUCCAUUGACAUUCCCGUGUUUACUAAUACUAGGCUGCCUUCUAUAAGAGCUCUAGUGACUGGAGAAUUCAAUUUCUCCAUGUCCAAUUGGCUGGAAAAUAUGGGAAUUCCAUCACUGGAUGACUUAAAGGACAGUGCUAAAACAAUGUUAAUCCAACAAUUAGGUGUGAACAAGUUUUUACUGGAUAAGCCCUGUGAUAUAUCUGGUGACUUGUAUUCUCCAAGUGUCCAGGGAUGGAAAAAUGAGUGCCCAUUGGAUUGGGUAGUACCACCAGCGAUUCCAUUCCAAAAUGUAAAGUGUGCUCUAACAGAGAACUGUACCAGGAUUGACUGUUGUGUGGACUUUAGUCUUCUGAACCUUCAGCUUCACUUCUUCCUCCAUUUUGACAGGUGUAAUUAUGUCAUCUCUGGUGGAAUAGAGAAGAAAACCUUCUCAUAUGGACUACUGGAUUUCAACAACUUUUGGGGGAAAGAGAUCAAAACUGACAUUGCAAACAUCAUUUUUAUCAAAUUUAAGGCCAGUCAGUUAGAAGUGUCCAAGAAAUAUGUCCUUGACCUUGGAGUUUCUGUAUGUCUGGAGCCCAAUAAAUGUGAGCUAGAUGUCCCAGUAUUCAACCAAGUCCUUAUUCCUGUCCUUAACUGUGACCUUGCAAUGGAUUUCUCAUUAAAAGGCUUUUCUCUGACAAAGUGGAUGAAUGAGCAAGGGUUGUCACUGGAGGGAAGUCUGUCUACAGCUUUGUCCAACUCUCUGUUCAAGUUACUGGGCAUUGAUUCAUUCAUGAAAGAGAAAUCCUGUUCUCGUUCAGAGCCACCUUACAGUAUCAACAGGUUACAAGAAAAUGGCUGGUCUUCAGAAUGUCCAACAAAAUUGCCACUUUUCAAAAUUCGAGGAACGACAUCCUGUAACAUUAAGGAGUCCUGCACUGCUGUAUCUUGCUGUAUAGAAGUGGGCAAAAUAGGGAGGACAUUUGAAGUAGAGCUGGACAUAGACUUUUGUAACCAGAAAAUAACAUUUGGGAUUGAGAAACUGACGGAAACCCUCUCUCUACAGCUCUUUGAAUUUGGAGUAAGGAAAGAAGUUGUUAUCAAGGGAGUUGUAAAAUUUGGUUACACCAUCUGGGAUCAUGCUGGAGAAGGGGUGUAUGUGGUGACUGUAGAUUUGGCAAUAUGCCUAGAGGAUGGAGGAGAUUGCUUAAUUAAUGUCAACAUACUUGAUCAAGCCAAGCUUUCCAAGCAAAUCUGUCAAUGGGGCACAGGUUUCCUUAACCCUGGUUUUACUCUGGAUAGUUUCAUGAAGGAAAAUGCCUUAACAGCAUUUGAUCAAAUAAAAGGCUUGGUCCUGGAUGAACUCAAGGAAUCUUUAGGUUUACCUCAGUAUCUGAAUGACCCACCCUGCUCAUUAUCCAACCAGAUGUACAUUCCAAACCACAAUGGACUCAAAAACUCUUGUUCUAAACCCAUUGGAUCAUUGCCUUCACUUCCCUCCAACAUGAGAUGUGCUAUGUCAGAGUCCUGUACUGGGAUAGACUGUUGUAUAGGAGCAGCACCAAUUCAUCACAACUUCCAUACAUAUCUAGAUAUUGAUCCCUGCAGUCUUAAGAUGAAGUUUGGAAUUGAUAAAUUACAGUUCCAACUUUAUUUACAAGAAUUUAAGUUUGGUGUUGAGAAAGAUGUCAGGCUGGUCAACGUUGUCAGAAUGAAAUUUAAGAUAUGGGACUUGGCAGCUGAGAACCAGUAUUUGGUAGAUCUGAGAUUUAGUGUAUGCUUUGAUUCAGCAUCUCAGUGUAUAUUGGAAGUUCCUAUAUUCCAACAACAACGUCUUCCAAAGAAUCUCUGUGAUUUUGCUGCAAGCUUUUCAAAUUUUUCAUUGGAUGGCUGGAAGUCCUCGAUGGGUUUUACCAUGGAUAAGUUAACAUCAUUGGCUACUGACCAGCUGAUGGAGUAUCUUGGUAUUGCUGGUUACCUGAAGAAAAAUCAGUGCAGUGUACAGAGUGGAAAUAGGACCAUCAAGGGUUGGAAUGAUGAUUGUCCCAAGUCUUCCUCCUAUCAGAAGCCUGAUUUAUCAUCAUUGCCUGUGCUGUGCUCCAUAUCCUCCAAAUGUACACAGAUCCACUGCUGUUUAGCCAUGGAAUCUAUUGGGAGGAACUUUGAGACUUUCAUUGACUUAGAUCCAUGCCUCAAAACUCUUGAAUUAGGAAUAGAAGAUUACAGAACUAAAAUCAAUUUGUUGACAUACUCAUUUGGAUCAAAGAAAAGUUUUUGGAUGAAGGAUGUGAUAAGAAUAGAGUACAGUAUUGAAGAUCUUGAAGCCAAAUACCUUGUGAACAUGAAAGUGGAGAUUUGUCUUGAACAGGGACAGCCAUGUCUUAUCUCCCAUGAUGUUGCUAAAGAUGUGUACCUACCAAAACCUGGCUGUGAUUGGUCAUUUGACUUCUCAGGAUUUUCCAUUUCUGGGUGGUAUAAGAACAUGUCCCUGUCACCUGGUUCAGUGUUGUCAACCACUUAUCUGUCCAUGCUAAAAGAGAGUCUUGGAAUCACCAAUUUCCUGCUGCCCAAGGAAAAGCAGUGUAACAGGAGGUCAGCUGCUUAUCUUCCACAGACAGAGGGUCAGACUGGAUGGAAAAUUGACUGUCCCCUUGAUGUGGGUAACAUGACCCAGUUAACUAGUUCCCUUCCCAUCAGCUGUCACCUGAUGAGUCACUGCACAGCUGUGGAAUGUUGUCUGGAUUUUCAGGAUCCUCUACAACAGACAAUCCAUUUUUUCCUGGAUCUGGAUCUUUGUCUCCAGACAUUGAAAGUGGGAAUAGAGAACUUAUUCUAUGAAAAGACACUGUUUUCUUACCAGUAUGGUGUGGAAGACAGCUUCAGCUUGAUGGAUGUGGUCCAAUUGAGGUACAGGAUUGAAGAUGUUGAUAGGAGUAACUUAGAGUUAACAGCAAAAAUAAAGAUUUGUCUUGAGGAGAGAACUUGUAUAUACGAGUCUGUAUUGUUUGACAAACAGAGGAUACCAAAACCAGGAUGUAACUGGAACCUUAACUUUACAUUACCAGAUUUCUCCUUGGCAAACUGGUACAACAGUAUAGGUGCUGCUAUUGGAUCCCAGCUCUCCACCCUGAAUGCUGCUAAACUUCUAGAAGAACUUGGUAUUGCCAAAUACAUGCAGGAGAUUCCUUGUCAUAGAUCUGGUCCAGUAUACAGUCCUGCUGUCAGUGGGUGGAAAAAAGACUGCCAGUUGGAAGUUGCUAUGAUGCCAAUCUCUGACUCAGUCACAUGUCUGGUAAAGGACACCUGUACCUCAGUCAGUUGUUGUAUGGAUGUUGGAUUCAUGAAGACAUCAUUUGAGACUUAUUUAACAUUGGAUGCCUGUAACUAUUGGAUGGAAGUUGGUAUUGAGAAGCUGUCAUUUAACAUCAGUCUCAAAGAUGUAACAUUUGGUGUGAAGAACCAGUUUUACUUGAACAGUGUGAUUCGUAUUGAUUACAUGAUUGAAGAUUUGACUGUGGAGAGGCAGUUUAGAGUAUCCCUGACACUGAAAGCUUGUUUUGAGGCCUCUGAUGAUAGUAAAUGUUUGAUCAACGUUGAUGUCUUGAAGAACACCCUGGUGCCAAAAUCAAUCUGUGACUGGACCGCAAGUUUUUCUACACCAAAUUUUGACCUUGGUGCCUGGUACAAUAAUCUUGGUAUCAGUCCAGGAUCAGUUCUCUCCCUUGUCAAUAAAGACAAGCUGUUAAAUGAGCUGGGAAUCAGAUCUUAUUUAAGUUCCGAUCCUUGUUCAUUUACUUCUCUGACCUUUAGUCCAGCCAACAGUAAUGGAUGGAAAAAUGACUGUAAGAAGGACUUAACCAAUGCUCUCCCCACCUUUCCAUCCAAUGUGAGAUGUAACAUCCCUUCCUUCUGCACUGGAGUAACUUGUUGUAUUGAAGAAAAUAAAGUAUUAAGGAGUCACCUCACUGUGGGAGUGGAACUAGAUGACUGUAACCAUGUCCUGACAUUCCAAGUAGAACAACUCAAAAUCAAAAUACAGCUCCAUGACUAUUCUUUUGGUGUAACUGAGAAAAGAUACUUGAUGAGUGUAAUUCAGUUUGAGUUUAAAAUUGAGGACAUCCCAGCAAAGAAAGCUUACAAAAUAUCAGCCACCCUGAGUGUAUGUUAUGGAGUAGGACCCUGUGUCUUAGAUUCCCUAGACUUGCUCAAGGACUUCGAACUUCCCAAAACACUUUGUGAAUGGGGCACUGGCUUUCAGAUAGAUUUUUCUGGAACCUCCUGGUUGUUGGACAAAGGUUUAAGUAUUGACUCAGCCCUGUCAACAGCAGAUGCUUCUGAACUAUUAUCGACAUUAGGAAUACAGGACUUCCUUAAAACAACUGAUCAGUGUGACCGCAGUAGUUCUCUAUACAGGCCAAACAUCAAUGGAUGGAAGAAUGAGUGUCCAAAUACUGGUGUUCCAUCACCGCUGCCAAGUUCAGUCUCCUGUCAGAUCCCACAAGUCUGUACUGGGAUUGACUGCUGUGCAGAGAUUGGUUUCCUGGGAGGUAGAACUAUCAACGUACAGGUCCUACUGGAUCCUUGUGAAGCCGUCAUGAGUCUUAACAUAGAAAAGAUGCAAUACAACUUGACUCUCUUUGACUACGACUUUGGAACAACAGAUCAUUUUACACUGCAGGGAGCCAUAAGAAUUGAUUUCAACGUCCAGAAUUUGGUCAUAAAAAGAAAGUACUUGAUAAACAUGAACCUGAGUGUAUGCUUAGAGUCAUCAAAUCCAACAGCCUGUGUGUACUCAGCCACUAUCUUCAAAAACACUCUGCUACCAAAGAAACCAUGUAAUAUGAACCUCGACUUUAUCAAUCCAAGUUUUGACCUGACAUCAUGGAAAACCUUGAAUAACUUUGGCCCUACCCUGACUCCUGAGGAGACUAAGUUCCUGUGGAGAGAGAUUGGUGUAGAGGAAUAUGUAGGGGUGGGAUGUUCUAGGUCAUCCCCACCCUACAGUCCACAGACACAUCCGGGCUGGAAUGUCCCCACAAAGUGUGCAGUGAAUCCUCCAAAACAAGCCAGUAACCACCUGAACUGUCACAUCACGUCCAACUGUACAGGAAUCUCUUGCUGUAUGGAUGACCCUGUUACUGGAAUGGCCUACCAGUUCUCUAUUGACAUCAGUGCUUGUGAUGAAAAACUGACCAUCACACUGGAGAAAAUGACAUUUACAUUGUCUCUGUUUGAUUAUACCAUUGGAACAAAAGAGACAGUGAGAUUGUUUGGAGUCCUAGAUCUAGAAUACUUGAUUGAUGAUCUAACACUGAGUGGUGAAUUUGUUGUGGAUCUAAGGAUCAAGUUGUGUUACACCAAGGGUCAGAGUUGUGAACAAGAUGUUAAAGCUGUGACAGGACUAAGACUGCCUAAAUCACUGUGUCAGCUACAGACAGGACAGUUCCCAAUUCCAGGUUUCUCACUCAGUAAAUGGAUGAAAGAUAAGAUUGAUGGACCAGUCUUACAGCAGUGGGCUGUAGAUCUUCUCAAGUCAGAACUAAAGUUAUCUUCUUAUCUCACUGAACCUAUGUGUAAAAGGACUGACCUUUCUCAAGAAACCAGCAACUGGAAUGUUAAAGAUUGUAGUGAAAGCAUCGCAGUUCCAGCUCUGCCAGCCCACACUUCCUGUAAACUCUCUGACUCGUGUUCUGCUGUAAAGUGUUGUACGGAUCUAGACUUACUGAAAACAUCAGUCCAGUAUGAAGUCAAUGUAGACAGGUGUAAAGGAAAAGUGUUCAUCAAAGUGGAGAAAUUGGAGAUUGUGAUCCUCCUUACAGAAUUUGAAUUUUCAAAAUGGCAGAGACAGUCAAUACAAAAUGUUUUUACAAUUCAGUAUAAAGUUGACUAUGUUUUGGCUGAGAAGGCAUUCUUGUUCAGUGUGAACUUCAGUGCGUGUUUUGAGACAAGCGGUGAUUGCAUGCUAAACUUUCCUAUUAUGACAAAUACCAAAAUCCCGAUGCUGGAUUGCAACUUCAAAAACCUGUCAUUUGCCAUACCAGGGUUUGAUUUCAACAGUUUCUUGACAAGCAAAGGUAUUUCUACAUCCCUGACAACACUUCCAGAUUUACUGUCAGAGCAGUUACUGGAAACUCUUGGAGUAAAGGGAUUCUUCAGCAGUAAUCCCUGUAAUAGAUCUGACUACACAGCAACAUCAUCAGGAUUUGAAAUUGCUUCCAGUUGUACAGAGAACAUCUCUCCUUUCCUAUCCCCUCUGUCCAGUGACACUAACUGUCGAGUGUCUACUUCCUGUAUGGACAUUCAGUGCUGUACAGACAUGACAAUCAUUGGGAGAACCCUAAACUACAGAAUCAGUGUGGAUGCCUGUGAACUUUCUCUCAAUAUCCAGAUAGAGGAAUUCAAGUUUGAGCUGUCUCUGAUUAAUUUCCAGUUUGGAGUGCCUCAGAAAUUCAGCAUAGAUCAAGUUUUCUCCCUAGAAUACCUCAUCAGAGAUUUGAGUGGACAGAGACAGUACAUUAUAGAUGCUACAUUGACAGUAUGCUUCAGUGACUCUCCAUCUUGUGUGAUCAGGAACAACAUAUUACAAAAUUAUUUGGUAACCAAACCAGUGUGUGCAUGGUACACAGGAUUUGCAAAUCCAGGUUUUUCAUAUUCAUCAUGGUUAACAACAAACAGUUUACCAACAUCUGGACUACUAGAUAGCACACAUCUACCUAAAUUAUUGGAGGCACUUAGCAUAUCUAAAUACAUCAAAACUCCAUCCUGUGACAAAGACAAAGGAAUCUAUAGGAAUUCAUUUAAUGGAUGGAACUCAGAUUGCCAUCUUGAUGACAGCAUCAGCAGACCCUCUAUAGAUAAGAAUCUGGCCACCUGUUUUCUGGACAAGACUUGUACAGGAGUUCAGUGUUGUAUGCAUGUCCCCAGAGUUGGACUGUCUGUAGAAGCUUUUGUGGAAGUCAGCGCUUGUGACCAUCAGCUCAGAGUGGGCAUUGAAAACCUAAAAUUUAACAGAAGUUUGCACAGUUACAGAUUUGGAGAAUUGGAGAAAUUUGAUUUGUUUGGAUUUUUUGAGAUAGAUUUUGUGAUAACAGACCUAGCUUACAAUGGUGAAGGUGGAGAAUAUCUUGUAAACUUGAACAUGAGUGUCUGCAUGGAGUCAGGACAACCCUGUCAUCCCAUUGUACCAGUAUUCAGCAAUACAGUUCUACCAAAGGGAGUGUGCAACAGAAAUCAAGAUUUCAGAGACAAAGCGUUCUCACUGAAAACAUGGAAAACUACUCAUGGAGUGGGAUCAUCUUUGGAUAUCCACCAUGUUAAACAACUGUUUCAAGAUCUUGGUGUGGGUCCAUAUCUACUGAGUCCAUUAGAGAAGUGUGACUGGAAUGAAUUCCCAUAUAAAGCAGCCAAUUCUACUGGAUGGGUCGAUGGUUGUGCAACAGAAACCAAGGGCUUGAGUUCAUUGGGAACACACACAAGAUGUGGGAUAUCCAGGUCAUGUAGUGAAGUUAAAUGCUGCCUGCACUCAGAUGUCCUUGACAUGAAUUUGAAUACUUUCAUUAACAUUGAUACCUGUAAUGGUAAAAUAUAUGUAGGAAUUGAGAAAUACCAAUGGAGCCAUAAACUUCUGGGAUACAAAUUCGGAGAGUUGAGACAUGUGUCCUUGUAUGGAAUGCUUAAUAUGGACUACAUGAUAACAGACUUGGUAACAUCUUAUGGAGUGAGCCUAAACUUGAGUGUAUGCUUUGAGUCAUCUGGGGCAUGUGAAAUCAGUAUCCCUGUUUUAAAGGAAAACAAACUUGUACAGUCUUCAUGUAACUGGACCAGGGACUUUGUUAUUAAUGAUUUCUCCUUGGAGAGUUGGUUGGACAUGAAAGGUUACAAAGUUGAUGCCAUGCUACCUUCCUUUGCUGUGUCCGAGUUGAUGCAUGACCUUGACAUCGUUCAGUAUCUGGGAGACUCCAGCUGCAAUAGAAAAACUAUUCCUUUCCAUCCUAGCAAAAAUGGCUGGAACAAUGGCUGUGAUCAGUAUGUGUCACUGACUUCCAUCAGCUCUAACACAACCUGCCACCUUUAUGAGUUCUGUACUGGAGUGAGAUGCUGCUCUGAUCUCCCUGUAUUGGGGAGGUCUAUCAAUUCCUGGAUGAUACUGGACCACUGUAACUACAGACUCAGUGUGGGGUUUGAGAAGUUCUCUGUCAAUAUUAGUCUUCACACAUACUCUUUUGGAACACAACAAACUAUAAAUGUUAAUGGAGUCAUGAGACUGAGAUUUACUAUUGAUGAUCUAACAAGUGAGCGGAAAUAUCUUGUAAACCUAAACCUACAGAUUUGUUUUGAGACAUCCAAAGCUUGUAUUGUUAAUGUAGAUGUGUUCACAAACACAAAACUGCCAAAGAAACCUUGUGAUUGGACCACAGAUUUUCUUGAUGACAGUUUUUCCUACAAUAUUUGGAGACUUGGGAAGAGAAUCUCUACACCUGGCUUGUCUGAGAAUAACCUUGCACAGCUCAUGCAAGAUCUAGGUCUGUCUCAGUUUGUGUACAAAGGCAGGGAAAGAUGUAGCCACGUAAAGUCACCAUUCAUUGGUGCAACAAAUAACUGGAUCAGUGAGUGUAACCAGACACUGAUUCAGCCUCUCCCAUCCCUGUCUGGUACCCCAGCGAUCUGUCACAUCUCCACUUCCUGUGCUGACAUCCAGUGUUGUGUGGACGUACCUGCCAUCAGUUCCUCCUUCUUUACAAAACUAGAAAUUGACCCUUGUACUUUCCAAAUGGUUGUCAGCAUUGAUCAACUAAGCUUCUCCAAGAACUUGUUUGAUUAUGAAUGGGGACAAGAAGAAGAAAUGUGGCUCUUUGGAGUAGUCAGAAUGACGUUCCAGGCAUUUGAUAUGUACACAGAUGGGUACUUCAUCAUAAACCUGAGACUGGAUGUGUGUUUAGAAGCCCUGAAGGUCCCUAAUUGCAAUGUCUCUGUUAAUGUACUGAAAGAUUACUAUCUACCCAAAAAAGUUUGCAAAUGGGAUGCCUCCUUCAUCAUAUCAGGAUUUUCUUUAGAUGAAUGGAAAGCAAGUGAAGGUGUGGCCAACACAACCCCUUUGGAGAGUGGAGCAGUGGAUAACCUUCUGUCCCACCUCAGUGUGGCCGCGUUCAUGCUUUACCCAGCGUGUUCAUCCACUGAUUCUGUCUAUAAUGGUGCUGCAGAAAAAUGGAUCAAAUAUUGUCCCCUGGAUGUUCAGAGGUCCUUAGAGGAAGUGAGGGACAGAGCACUAUGUUCAGUAUCUACGACAUGUUCAGACAUUAAAUGCUGCAUCAGUGUUCCCCUGUUAAACAGGACCUUUGAAGUAGGAAUCAACAUUGACUAUUCUUAUCAGAAGUUGGUGGUACAUGUUGAGAAGAUGUAUCGUAAACAUUCCUUUGUUGGGUUUGAGUUUGGAAAAGAUUAUUUGCUGAGUGUAUCUGGAGUUUUAAAAUUCAGAUACAAGUUAAAUGAUCUUUCUGAUGGAGAUGUGCUGGAUAUUUCAAUGUCAGCAGAAGCUUGCUUUGAGGAUGGAUCUUGUGUAUUGAAUAUUCCAAUCCUCAAUAAUGUGCUGAUACAAAAGAACCAGAAAAGAUGGGAUUCACUCUUUUCAAUUCAAGAUUUUUCAAUAACGCAGUGGUUGAGUGAGAUGUAUAUACCGGAGGGGGAAGUUUUACAGAAACACCAGUCAGAUGAACUUUUUGAGAGCCUUUCCCUCAGACCCUAUCUCAAACCUGACUUGAUGUGUAGUACAAUCAAAUCUGCUGCUGAUGGAACAGGCUGGCUUAAUGAUUGCAUGGACAUAACAAGCAUGUCCUCCCUGACCUCUUACCCUUUGACCUGUGAACUUGACAGAACCUGUAACAAAGUCACAUGUUGUGUAGAAUCCGAGCUAACAAAUUCUACAUUUAAAGUCACCCUGGACAUUAAUCCUUGCACCAGGACUCUCCAUCUGGAAGUAGAAAAUCUAAAAGCCAUAAUUCCAUUCUCAGACAUUGCAUGGGGAGAAGAACAAACAUUUUAUCUGUUUGGAGUUAUUCGUAUGGAUUACAAAGUCUAUGAUCUUUCUGCUGAGAACAUAUUUCUGGUGGACCUUAAAGUGUCGCUUUGUUGGGAGAGAUAUAAACCAUGCACUUUUAUUGCAAAUGUUUUCAAAAACUCCAUGCUUCCAAAAAGGAAUUGCAAAGGAAAGCUGUCCUAUGAAAAACCAGGUUUCUCACUGACAAACUACAGUACAGAGAACAGUCUUCAUCUGAACAAUAUGACUGACAGGGAUUUGGUUUAUCUAUAUGACUAUAUGGGAGUUUCCAGUUACAUCACUAGUCCUUCCUGUAACAGAUCAGAUGGUCAAUUUCUUCCCAAUACAAAUGGAUGGAAAAAUGAGUGUCCUUUCACAAUAACCCCGGGACUGUCAUCUUUGCCUGACUUUGUAACCUGUCAUAUGAUGUCUAGCUGUAUCAGUGUGAGAUGUUGUAUGGACAUUACCAGGCUAAAAUCUCAGUCAGUCCAGUUUUAUCUUAUGAUGGACUCAUGUGAAUGGGUGAUUGAGUACGGAAUUGAUAAAUUUGUGGUAAAACCAUCUGCUAUGUAUGGAUUGGAGUUCAAUGUCUGGCAGGACUAUUGGAUGAAGGGGAUAUACAGACUUAGGUUUAAGAUAACAGACCUGCAUGGAGCAGAGUAUUUCCGAGUCAGUCUUACAUUCAUGGUCUGUCUAGAAGAUGGACUGCCUUGUGAACAGGAAGUUUCUGUAUUAAAUAACACACUUUUGCAUAAACCUUCUUGUGAUUGGAAAAUAGGAACAGGGAUCAAAGAUUUCACAUUCAGUUCAUGGAAGACACAGAAUAAGUAUACAACAAUGGAAGAACACAGCAUUGCUAGACUGGAGGAAGAACUAGGAAUGCAUGGGUACCUGUAUAACUCCACACAAGUCUGUGAUAGGACAUCAGGAAUAUUUGCUUCCCCUUCUGAUGGAUGGACUAAUGAUUGCCCUAUUGCCCUUCCCAAUAAUGUACCUGUUGUAAGGGGAGCUAUCAGCUGUAAUCUUGGAACCUCCUGUUCUGAUGUGGUGUGCUGCUUGUAUGCUGAACCUCUGAUGAAACAUGUAACUAUCCACCUCAGUCUGGAUUACUGUCAAGACAGAAUCAGUGUAGGGAUAGACAAAUUCAUGAGAGAAAUACAGCCUAGCUCAUACAACAACUGGGGUAAAGAAGAAAUGCUAGGCAUGAGUGAAAUUUAUCAACUUAAAUACACACUAGAGGAUCUACCAAAUGCCAACAUGUACUUGGUCAGUUUUUCCAUUCUUUCUUGCUGGGAAGGUGCCUCUAAUUGUGAGGAAUACACUGUUCUCUCCAACAACAGGCUGCCAAAGUCCAGAUCACAGCCAUAUUGUAACUGGAAAUCAGAGGAACCUAUUCCAGGUUUCUCUACCAAGGCUUGGCUGGCCACCAAUGGAUAUCCUGAUUUAACACCACUGAAGGGAAAUGCAUUACAGGAUUUGAUGGAAGUCUUGCAAAUUUCCAGGUUUAAGGAAAAUGACUGUAAAAUAACUGGAGCUCCAUUUGUUCCUGUCAACAGUAUUGGCUGGAAUGCAGAGUGUCCAGACAACCUCACAUUAACUAGCCUUCCAACUGCCUCUGCCUGCCAUAUUCCUAGUUACUGUACAGGAGUUAAGUGCUGUAUACCAAGUUCUACUCUAGGAAGAACCUUCCACACUUACCUGGAUAUAGAUCCCUGUACAACAAAGAUCACUGUAGGGAUAGAUAAAUGGAAAUUUACAGAAGUCUCCCUGGAAACUGACAAGCUCUUAUCUACUACUAUGAAAAAAAGUGUAUGGUUGCAAGGGGUUGUUCGUAUGGAAUUUGACAUUAAGAGCUUACAACACACAAAUAAAUAUUUGAUCAACAUGAAUAUAAGUGUGUGUACAGAGAGUUCAGAAAUGUGUGAAAUUGCCAACCAAACAAUAUUUAGCAAUACUCUGCUGUCCAAAAGCAACUGUCAGCACGAUCAACAGCUACCACCAGGGUUUUCACUGUUGUCCUGGAAGAUUAACAAUAGUUAUGCAGCUAAUGCUAGACUACCAGACUACCUCAGAGGAAAAGUGGAAGAUUUCCUGGGAUUGCCCGGAUAUAGAAAGCCCUCCAAAUGUAGUAGAAAUGUUUCACCAUAUUGGCCAACUUAUAAUGGCUGGAAUCAUGAUAGUGCUUGCCGAAUAUCGGGACUUCCAUACAACAUGAAGAAGAAGACCUACUGUGUGGUGGGAGCCAGCUGUACAUCUAUGACAUGCUGUACUGAGGAUUCAGAGAUGGAUACCACCUUUACUUGGUUUAUUGAUGUAGAUUCUUGUAAUCUAAAAUUCACUGUAGGCAUAGAAAACAGGAAACAAGAAGAAUUUCUUCUAGACUUUAACUUUGGUGAACAGAAGCAUUUCAGUCUUCAAGGAGUGUAUAGGAUAAGCUACAUCAUCUUUGACUUGGUCAGUGACUCUCACUACAUGAUGAGUGUAAAUAUCAGUGUGUGUUAUGAACCAGACAAUUGCACCUUGACAGAAACCAUUGUGGAAAACAUGAUGUUUCCAAAGCCUGUCUGUGAUUUCAAGAGCAAAGAUUUUGUCCUCUCAAGUUUCUCAAUGUCUAGUUGGUUGGCAGAACAUGCUUUCACACCUCAUUCCACAUUACCAUUAUAUGGUCAGUUAGAACUACUGGAGGACCUGGGACUGACUCAGUACAUGAAGGACAUGCAGUGUGGAGAAACAGAUAACAUUUACAGAAAUCAAACAGAUGGAUGGACUAAAGAUUGUCCACUUGGUGUGUUGACCAGUUCCCUUCCAGCAGGACUCCUGUGUCACAUACCCUCCACAUGUACAUCUGUCCACUGCUGUAUAACUAUAAACACACCACUACAGAAAACUUUCAGCACUGUCUUAGACCUGGACACUUGUAACCAAAGGAUUUCACUGGGCAUUGAAAACUUUGUUCAUCAAAUCUCACUUUAUGACUUUCAGUUUGGAAAAGAGCAUCAUUUCUUCUUGAACAAUGUUGUCCGCAUGCUGUAUAAAGUGUAUGACCUGAAAGCUGACAGGAAAUACCAAGUGAGCCUCAACAUCAGUCUGUGUCUGGAGUCUUCAGGACCCUGUGUGCUAGAAACCAUGGUGUUUGAUAAUGCUUUAUUGCCAAAGAAGCCUUGCAGCUUGUAUACAGGAUUUGUACAAAGGAACUUCUCACUGUCAUCUUGGAAAGCUGAAAACCAAAUUAUGGCAACAGAUAUGAAAGCCCCAGAGAUUGCUUUGUUGCAAGAGACACUUGGAAUUGCUGAGUACCUCAAAGAACCUUGCUCCCGGCAGGCUGGAAACUACUUCCCACAUAGAAAUUAUUGGAAGGAUGAAUGUGGCAAAGUGUCAGGAAUGAGUCAAAUCACAGAACCGGACCACAUCAACUGUUACCUGUCUGACACCUGUACUACUACGUCCUGCUGUGUGGAGGACACUGUACUCAAAAGGAAUAUAGAGACCAGGGUCAGCAUCGACUCGUGUAAAUUCUCCAUGAAACUAGAGAUAGAAAAACUGCAGUUCAAUGUCAGUCUGAUGAACUUUAAGUGGGGUGAAACUGUGCGGAUGGACUUUUAUGGAAUAUAUAUUCUGAGCUUCACUAUGGAGAAUUUCUACAAUGAUCGGAAGUAUUUGUUGAACAUGAACAUAAGCCAAUGCUAUGAAUCCAAUGGAAGUUGUUCAUUGCACCUUGGUCUCUUUAAAGAUUCCUUGAUACCUAAAGGUGUAUGUGAGUGGUCCAUGGGUUACAACAUCAAAGGGUUUUCCCUGUUCUCGUGGAAAGUUGAUAGACGUCUUUCAACCUCACCUGGAAGCAUUCCAGAUGAAUAUCUGUUGCAGCUUCUGGAUGAAACAGGUUUAGCUGGCUAUGUCAAACAUCCUAUGUGUGAAAGAACAACUGGUAUCUAUAACGGUGCUGUCAAUGGAUGGACUAAUGACUGUGGAAUGAACACUACAUUACCCUUGUUGAAGUCAGGCUUGGGAUGUCACAUGCUUCCUACAUGUUCUGGACUCCAGUGCUGUGUCAGUUCUCCAGAACUGAGGAGAAACUAUGAAGUGUAUUUCAGUAUAGACCAUUGUAGUCAUAGCCUCAACAUUCAGAUAGAAAAGGUGUUCCAGAACAAGACUCUAAAUGAUAUAGAAUGGGGAGUUUCUGAGGAAUUUGGUGUGCUUGGAAUAUACAGAGUUCGGUACACCAUUGAAGACCUGCCUGAGGAAAGGUCAUACCUAGUGUCACUUGAAGCUAUGGACUGUUAUGAAACAAGACCCCCUCAGUGCGAUACUGGUUCCAUAUUUAAAAUUUUAGACAGGGUGAUGUUUCCAAAAGGACUUUGUUCUUGGGAUCAGGGCUUUGUGGACCCAGACUUCUCUCUGAAGACCUGGCUAGUAGAGAACCAUAUUGCCAAUGUGUCAGAGCUAAUGCAAACAGAUUACAAAGUGUCCCAGCUGAUGAAUGAACUGGCUAUCUCCCAGUAUCUACACACCCAGUCUUGUUCCUUAUCAAGUUACGCAGUUGAUGGCUGGACGUCCUCUUGUACAAAGACUGUAAUCAAACCCAACAUAUCUGGGGCAGUAUGCCAGGUUAAAGAGGACUGUACAUCAUCUGAAUGUUGUGUGGAGAUUAAGUAUAUGACUCGAAAUAUCAAGACCUACCUUAACAUAGACCCAUGUAGUUCAGAACUCCAAGUUGGCAUAGAGAAAUUCAGCAGGAACAUUUCAUUGGCACAAUACAAAUGGGGUCGAACAGAAAGGCAUUGGUUAGCUGGAGUAGUGAGACUGGAUUUCACAAUUGAUGAUUUCCAAGGAGAGAGACUUUACCUUGUCAACAUGAACCUAAGUCUCUGCUUUGAAGCACAUAGAGACUGUUUCAGAAGGAUAGCCAUAUUCAGAGACACUAUACUUCCAAAACAAAGAUGCCCAUGGGAUGUUAAUACAGGUUUUUCAUUAUCAAAAUGGAAAAGAGAUGAAAAGAUUCCAACGGGAAUUCAGUUUCCAGACUGGGCAAAAUACCUACUUCUGGAGCACUUAGACAUAGCGCAGUACAUGCAUCCUCUUCAAUGUAAGAGAGGGGUUGGCAUGUUUUAUGACUGGAAUUCUUACCAAAACUCCACCAAUUCCACAGAUGGAAGUAUGAAUGAAACACUGCAUUCCAUAUACUCAUCAAAAAUGUGCCAGCUGGAUGUGAAUUUGGUGAAUCGAUCAUUGGAUGCCAGAUCCUCCACCCUAGUGUCCUGCUACCUUCCUUCACUGUGUACAGGGUUUCACUGCUGUGUAAAUGUUCCUGACCUUAACAUGUCCUUCAAUGCUUAUCUCUCUGUGGACCCCUGUACUUACAUGUUCACUGUUGGCAUCGAGAAGUUCACCUUCAACAAAUCACUGGAUCACUAUACCUUUGGUCAAGAUGGUUUAUUUUCCUUGGCUGGGAUUUUGAAAAUCACAUACAACCUAAGAGACCUCCCUAAUGAGAAAGUAUAUCUUGCAACAGUGAAGCUCAGUGUCUGUACAGAGAGCUCCUCCUGUGAAGCUAACCAUACAAUAUUUGACAAUGUACUGCUACCAAAACAACCUUGUGACUGGAAUGAGGGAUUUGUUAACUCAAAUUUCUCUGGAUCUGCUUGGAUGAUUAACAAUGGCUACACCCCUCCUCUAAAUAAGCACCAAUCAGCAGAAAUGAUGAGGGAGAUGAAGGCCUCUCGUUAUCUCAUGGCUGAGUCUUGUUCACGUACAAAUGAAAUCUACUCAAACUUGAAAGAUGGGUGGAAUAGUUUAUGUCCAGGUGAUACCAGUCUAAGCAACCUGACCUCUGAACCUGUUGUUUGUUACUUGGAUUACUCCUGCAGUCUCCUGAAUUGUUGUGUUAGUGUGGAGAAGAUUGGGAGGUCAUUGAACAUCCAGAUUAAACUUGAUCCAUGCUCACAGAAAGUGACUGUUAAUUUAGAAAGAAUCAGCAUUGAGGUUGACCUUCUGUCCAUUGACUAUGGUAAAGUCCACACGUUUAGUCUUGUUGGCAUGUUGAGCUUAGAUUUGGAACUCCACGAUCUUCCAUAUCAGAAGAAAUAUCUGCUAGAUCUGGCUGUAAGUGUGUGUUUUGAGAGUGAUGGCAGCUGUGAAAUUGUUGUUCCAUUGCUGAAACAUGCAGCUCUCCAUAAAGCUAACUGUGAUUGGUCACAGGGACUACAAGGAUUUUCACUGAAGAACUGGCUUGAAACUAAGGGAAUAAAUGCAUCAUCUUCGAGUCCAUUGGAGCCAUAUUUGGAACAUCUACUAUUAGAGGAUCGAGGAAUAGCAAACAUGUUAUAUGAUGUACCUUGUAACAGAUCUGAUUCUUUUUAUAAUGGAACCAUGCCUAUAAAUGGAUGGAUAACAGCAUGUACUAGUAGUCCACACUUACCUCCCUUGCCUGAUGGAAUAUCAUGUUACAACCCUCUAUCAUGCAGUGCUGUGUCAUGCUGCAUGGAAAUAACAAAACUGAACAACAGACCUGUGGAAGUGACAGUGGAAUUUGAUGAAUGCUCCAAUUUCUUGAAAAUGACCAUAGAAAGAAUGCCAAUGACCAGAUAUCUGCACAAUUUUAUAUAUGAUAACGAAGAACGAUUUUCUCUGAAAGGAGUUUUUGAAGUCACGUACAAAAUCACUCGUGAUUCACAGAAGAGGCAGUACCUCUUUGACUUGAAAGUGUCAGCUUGUUACGAACCAAUGAUGUGUGACCAAAGUUUCACAAUUUUCAAUCAAACAACAUUUGAAAUGAAAAACUGCAACUAUGAGAAGGAUUAUUUGAACUCAAAUUUUUCUUUAACGCAGUGGAUGGCAUCCCAUUCCAUCGAUCGAGUAGAAAACAUCAAAUCUUCACAAGCUAGUGAAUUGUUGCUGGAACUUGGACUAGACCAUUUCUUGUCAGCUCCAGAAAAAUGUACAUUGUCAGAUGGUAUUUAUGGAUCAGUUGAAAUAAAUGGAUGGAACAGUGAGUGCAUGAUGUUUCCCAAUGACACUUUAACCAACAUCACAGACACAGUACGCUGUCAUGUGCCGUCCUCCUGUGAUAGGGUUAUGUGUUGUGUGUACAUACAGCCUGUACAGAGACAUGUACAGAUGGAGCUCAUCAUAGAUACAUGUACCUAUGACAUGGAAGGAGUCAUUGAUAAUCUUAAAGUACCAUACAGCAUUUUCAACCGAGACUGGGGUAAAAGGGAAGAAAUUGGCAUUCAUGGUGUUGUCAGGUGGAGUUACCAUGUGACUCCUGUUGGACCUAUGAAGAAGUUUAAAGUGGAUGGAGAAGUGAGACUUUGUUUUGAAAAGGGUCUCUGUGAUACAAAUCUGACUUUCACAGACCUACCCCUCCACUAUCAAACAUGUAAUAGAACUGAUGGAGAAAUGCCAUUCCAAGGUGUAAGUUAUGAUUUCUGGAGAGAAACACAAUGUACAAUUCAUUGUAAUUAUAAAGCAUGUGGACCAAGAACAGUUGAGAAUGUAGCAUCCGAUGGCCAAAGUCACUGUAAAUACCUCCCAGAAUGUAAUGGAAUAGAGUGCUGUUUUGACAAUGCCUUUUACCUGGGAAAUAGAAGUGUUUACUUCAUGCUGAAAAUGGAUUGUACAAAUCUGGAGUUCCACUUAGAAUCAAAGAAAAUUAUCAAAUCACUAACAGCACUGAGUGAUGGUGUUGAGUAUAUAGAGAGUAUUGGAAAUCCACCAAGUUUUCAGUUAAAUUACACCACAAAAAAUAAUGUUCAAAGUUACACUAUAACUGCCAAAUUAAUGGUUGGUGGAGUAAUUACUAAUCAACAAGGGAUAGAGAUUUACAACUUAUUGGAUACCAACUCCAGAAUAUACAAACCUUCCACUUGCCCAACCAGUUCCUCAAGAAGAAGGAGGAAGAAGAGAAUGAUAGACAUUAAUAAACUUGACCCGGCAAAAUUCACAGAAGGGUUGAGGACACUGAUAGAAACUAAAGCCUCCAAUGAACAGAUUGAGAGAUUUACAAAGAUGGUCCAGAGCCAUAAUCAAGAAUUGAAACUGAAGAACCUGGCUGUUGCAUUCCUUGAUAACAAUGAUGUCAAAACAGGUAUGAAGUCAGCUAUAAAGGCUUUAGGAGCCAACAAUCCAUUCACUAUACAGACUGCAGGGGAAGUCUCUACUACAGUGGCAGUACAAGGAGGUGAUGCCAUUGGAGACAUGCUGGGCAGUGCAGUGGCUGACAUUGCAGGUCGUGCUAAGCAAGCUUUUGUUGUUGGCAAUGGUCUUUCAAAGGAAGGAACUAGACUUCUUGGAAAAAAGUUAGCUUGUAUGACAAUAGGAGACCUGGAAUCAUUGCUUGAUCUUAAAAACAUUGACCCAGUCAAAGUGGCUGAACUUCUGAAGAAUAUUGGUGAUUUAGCAAAGGCAUUGUAUUCUGAAUUUCUGGAUAGUGUAUUGACAAAUGGAGCCAACAUCUUCAAGAGCUUUGAUUUUAAAUUGGAGGGAGAUUUCAGCCUACCUAGAACAACUAUUAAUUUCUUUCAUAUUGAUAAGUUUUUCCUCAUUGGUGGAUUGGUACCCAUGACCUUUGGAUUUGGAUCUGAUGCCUACUAUGGUGUGAGAUUUACUGUUGGUGCCAAGAUCAUGGAAAUGAAGGGGUACGUCAAAGUAGAGCCUUAUGGAGGAGUGAGUGCUUAUGGGGAGAUGGGUAUUGGUUUCCUCCUCUAUGGUAAACUCAAACUUGUGGGUCAAAUCAUGGACACAGGAUUCCCAACAACUGCUGAGAUUACAUUCAACAAAUUUCCUCUGGAUGUCAAUCUUCAAAUGUACCUGAGACUUACUCCAAUUAAGCUGGCACUGUAUGCACAAGUUACCUUAGAGGUGAACCUUUUGUUUACAACAAUUAAGAAAGUUCUGUUCCAAAAGAAGCUGUGGCAUUAUGAAACCCCAACCAUAAAGAAAAAACUAAUUGAUACCCACAAGCCAGAGGAAGACAAAACACCACCAACGAUCAAAUCACCCCUAGGAAGUCCUCCAGGAUCAGGUGGGGCAUGUGAUGUUGUCCAGUCUCCAGGUCGUGACUACACUGAGCCGGAGUUCAGACUGAGGCUGGAUGCAGAGGAUGACCGUAGUAAUGUGAUCCUGACACUCGACAUAGGGACUGUCCCUGGGGGGAAUGAUGUUAUCCAUAAAAAAGAACUGGGAGGAUUUUCUACUGCUUUGACAGAAGUUCUCAACCCUUCUGGAGUUCCUCUGUAUUUCACUGUACAUGUGGCCAAUGAAGCCGGUGUGAGUGUACCUGCCACCUGUAAGUUAGAGACUUUUGACAUGACCAUUCCUGGAGGGAGAAUGUCAGAAGCUUUUAGAUCAACUAGUAACUCACGGGUGAUGAAGGGACUGGUAACUGUGUAUGAGGACUCCCCCAUUACUGAGGUUUUAGUGGCUGUGGGGUAUGGCAGAGAUAUCUGGGGAGAGCAGAUUGUCAGAUGGAAUAAAACCAGUAUUGCAGCAAAUACUGUCAACUAUGAUGUCGGGGAUGACCCAAUGAAUGAGAAAGUCAUGAAUGUUUUCUCGACUGGUAAAUCUGGUCGACUGACUGGCAGAGGGAUUUUAUAUAAACAGUAUGAUGAUAUAUCUACUCCUGGACAGUGUGCAGCAUACUGCAAUCACAUGCAUGUAACAAAGUGUCUCAGCUUCAAUUACGACUUUGGAAGUGGUCACUGUGAGUUACUGGAGGCUAUAGAAGGGCAUGAUUUCAAGUUAUCAAAGGAUGGUCUUUACACACAUUAUGAAAAACUUGGAGUUGGAUCAAACAGACAAUUUGAAUUUAACAACUUAAGGCUGCCACAUAAUAAGAUUUUCUACUUCAAUGUUAAAGUAAAAAAUGCACUAGGAUUUCAGAAUAUUUUGUCAUCAAAAUCAAUCAUCACUGAUUUCACACCCCCUGAUCCUACAAUAUACCAGAUAAACAUCACUAGUGACGUAUUAGAGGUCUCACCAUGUCUGGACCUCAUUCCUAAUGACAGACAAGACUGGGAGAGACACUGUGUGGGAGUAGAUCCCACCAGAAAGAACCACCGCAUCAUCAUAGAUGGAGGGGGAUCAGACACUGUAUACAAUGGACACGAGUUCAAGACAGACUUAAAGUACACCAGAGCCAACCGAUACAUAUCUGCUAACUGGGAUGGUAUCUAUGACAAUGAGACAGGAUUGCUUGGUUACUCUGUGACAGCUGGAGAGAAAAUUUGUGAAGAGAAAAUCAAGGCCCAUCAUGACCCCCACGCUCAUCUGUUUGAUGAAUCACAGUGGACAAACAGUGUGAUGAUGACUCCAUUGGAAGCUCCUUAUACCAUUCUGCCAGAUGGGCCAUAUUUCAUCACUGUAAGAGCUAUUAACAAAGUGGAAUAUGGAGGCUCUUUGGCCUCCAGUUUUUGUCACUCCACUCCAUACAUCGUGGAUAACACACCUCCAUUUGUGUAUGAAAUCUAUAACAUAAAAUAUGAGGAGGACCAGUUUAAUCUGAGCAUGUCACACAAUUCAUCGGAUCCAGACUCUGGUCUGAUUAGAAAUGAUCUGUGCCUUGGAAGAACUAGAAGAGAUUGUGAUGAAAUGUUGUGGACCACCAUAGAUUUUAAUCCCAACAUCACCAUGUUAAAGAAACUGACAGAAGGGGUUCCUGUAUGGAUUAAAAUCAAAGCUGUCAACAAUGUUGACCUGAGGACAAUAGGUGUGUCAGAUUCUGCCAUCAUAGUGGACCGAUCUCCUCCUAUAGCUGGUACAGUAAAGGAUGGAGAGGUUUAUAAAGUGGAUCUACAGUAUACAAAGUACCCAGAUAAGAUUUGCAGUAAUUGGCAGGGCUUCUAUGACCCUCAGUCAGGUAUAGCUAUGUAUAUGAUCAGUGUGGGAUCAUCUCCAAACACAACAGAUGUAGCUAACCUGACACAGUUCUCUAGUAAAACUCACUACGCUUGUGUGGAGCUGGAACCAGGCAAAUACUUGGAGCAUAAUCGACAGUACUUCUCUAAAGUGUAUGCUUUCAAUGGUGGUCACAGACAGCUCAAUGUCUCCAUGGUCUCUGAUGGAGUGUUGGUGGAUUUGACGGAGCCAGUAGCGGGAGAAGUGGUGGACGGGUCAGCUGAUGACUUUACUGACCUACAGUUUACAACAAGCCAGGCUAAAGUGGAACUUCAGUGGAGAAAUUACUAUGAUCCAGAGUCCAACAUCAGUCACUAUGAGGUCAAAGUUUACAGAGCCAAAAAUAUGACCUAUGAGUAUGAGCCUAUCCAAGAUUGGGCCCCAUUCCCCAGCACAGCCAACAGUGUGAAGUGGUUAAAGUUCCACCAUAGUCAUGGGGAUAGAAUUCAGACCUCUCUUCGCACCACCAACAAAGCUCUCAACUUAAUUAUCAACACCACUAACAGUUUUGUGGUUGACAUAACACCUCCAUAUCUGCAUUAUCUAUGGGAUGGUCUCCAGUCUAAAGAUCAGGAAUUCCAAUCAGCAACAGACCAGCUUUCAGUCAGCUUCAAGUAUUCAGACAAGGAAUCUGGUGUUGAUCACAUCAAAGUACAGAUCUUUGAAGUUUCUGGUGGUACAAGAUCACAAAAAUACCCAGCUAUUAAAAAUGACUGGAAAAAUUUAAGUGAUGCUUCACCAACCAGCCACACAUGGUCAGGACUAUCCUUAAAGGAGGGUGCUAGGUACAGUCUGAGGGUGGGAGCUGUCAAUCAUGCUGGCUUCCUCGCUGCAUUUGAAACCAACGGAGUUGUCAUCGACACAUCUCCUCCUAUGGUGAUGUGGUUAAGAGUUGGAGUGACAGGGACCUCCAAAGAACACAGAGUAGAUGGAUAUGUAUGGGUGUCAGAUAAGAAGGGUAUCCAGGCCUCCUGGCUCUGUAGGGAUCAUGAAUCAGGUGUGACAGAGUAUUUGGUGGCUGUAGGCACAUCUCCAGGAGGUGAUGAUGUUUUGGCUUGGAAGUCUGUUGGAACAGAAAGCAGUCAGUACAUAACAGGUUUUACUUUGGAGGUUACAAAUCAAACAACUAAAACUCCUACUUAUUAUUUGUCACUGAAAGCUGGGAAUGGAGCAGGUCUGGUCAGUCCAACAGCCACUGUGUCCACUCCUAUCAUGGUCAUGGAGGAGGACAAAGCUGGUUUGGUUGUUGAUGGUGCUGACAACAUUGAUAAGAUUGUUGGUGAGGAUGCGGUCGUAGACUUUAUGUCAGACAUGGACUAUCAACUGGACACCACUACUGUUACGGUCCAGUUUACUGGAUUUGAGAGCACCAUGCAUGGAGUCAUGCAGUUUGAGAUGGCUGUUGGUACUGAACCAAAUGGAGAGGACAUUCUGGCCUUCACAGAGGCAAAUAUUAUCCAUCUGGAGGAAUUAGAUCCUGUAGGAAAAGGAUUAACAAGUUCUGGGUAUGCCCAGAUUAAUAUACCUCUAAAACCUGAGAGAAAAUACUACACUACAGUCAGAGGAAUUACAAAUAAUGGAAAUGUACUACAAACAAGUUCUGAUGGAUUUACUGUGGACCAGACCUCUUCUACUAUUGACAUAGACAGGUUGUCUGGGAAGUCAGCUCAGGAAAUGGACAUUUCAGAUGACAGUUUGGUUUAUGAAUCAACAGAUGAUGCUCUGUCAGCCAUGUGGCAUUACAAUGAGACUGAAUCUGACGUAGUGAGAGCUUGGUAUGCUGUAGGAACUUAUCCAUUCUCUGAUGAUCUCAGUCAGAGAAAGGAGGUGGAGAUCUCUACCACAUUGUCCAGCUAUCUAGGAAACAAUGAAGUGGAACCAGAUAUUUUUGGAAAACCUAAUAUCAUAAGUGUAUGGGCAGAGAACUCUGUUGGACUGGUAAGCCAGAAAGCCACAGGAACAAUUGUAAUAGAUAAGACACCACCAAAGGCUGGCAAUGUAUCCUGCCCAGCGUACAUUCAGCAAUCAGUUCCCAUCGUCUGUUCAUGGACUGGCUUUGUGGACACAGAAUCUCCCAUUAAGGAAUUCCACAUCAUUAUGGGCACCUCAAAGGGAGAUGACUCUGUAUUUUCUGGAGGGGUUGUCCCAGGCAAUAUCCAAACAUUUAUACUACAAGAUGCUGGUAAGAAGAUGCAUCAUGGAGAGGAAUAUUAUGUGACGGUGACAGCUAUUAAUAGUGUGGAUAUGACCAUCAAUGCAUUCUCCAAUGCUGUGGGUUUGGACCUCACUCCACCAAAUGCAGGCGUGGUGGUUGAUCUAAACUCAGUCUACCGCAUAGAUUCUUCUAGCACUGAAAACACUGUGUCCAUGAAUGCAAAGAUUUGUCUAACUGACGAAGAAUGCAGAGCCUUAGAUGCUGUUUGUACAGAGUCUCUGACUUCUCUCUCUGUAACAUGGAUACCAUUUACUGACCCAGAGUCCAGUAUAGUGGAGUAUCAGAUAGCUGUGGGUACCUCCCCUGGAGGAGGUCAGAUCAAAGCUUUCUACAGCAUUCCAGCUGACAGUAAACACCACACAGUCACAGAGCUCAACCUUGAUGGAUAUAGACAGGUAUUUGUGUCUGUCAAAGGAAUCAAUGGUGCUGGCUUAUCAAGUGUUGCUACUUCAAAUGGUGUCUACUUGUCCUAUCUCAGUCAAGGGAGACCACCCCUGUCACAUAUUGGAGUCAUUGACAUGGUCAAUGGAGAGCACAUUGAUGUAGAUUAUCAGACAGACCCCUCUACAAUACAAGCCAGCUGGGAUGUAUCAGGGGAUCCUUGUCCUGUUGUAAAGUAUGAGUGGGCAAUCCGACGACUGGACGGACUGGAAAUCUCGCAAUAUUUAGACAUGGGAGUGAAAACAUCUGGUUUAAUUGAUGGGCUUCAAAUGAAAAAUAAGGAGACCUACAUUAAUUUGAUCCGAGUCACAAAUGCUAUAGGAUACAAGUAUACGCUACGAUCAACUGGGGUAACUAUUGAAAACACUCCACUACUACCUGGUAAAGUGUAUGAUGGAGAUAUUGCAGGAUAUGACCUAAAUUAUUUACCCUCUAAAACAAGAGUGUUUGCCAACUGGAAUGGAUUUGGUCUGCCACCUAAUGCCAUUGUGCAAGUAGAUGUAGAGAGUGGUAAUGAAGGACUUCAUGUAGACCAGAUUGAAGUAGCAGCUCAGGAUAGAAGUCAACAAGUGGCCUACUACUUAGUGGCCCUCGGUACAGACAGACGCUUUAAUAAAACCAGAGACAAUGUGGUACCCUACACUAAUGUCGGAACAAAUACUACUGUUACAUUCUAUGACCUAGACCUUACACCAGGUGUCGCUGUCUAUUACUUCUCCGUUUAUGCUGUUAGUAAAUCAUUCUCCAAAACACUAGUCACGUCUAAUGGAUUCUUUGUUGGGUAUGAUGGAGGUGUCACAGCUGGCAACAUCACCAGUCCAGGACCAUGUGUUGACUCUCUGUUUGAAUUAGAUGUAAAGUAUGAAGGAUUCACAUCUAAACUGGACAUCCUUAUGUAUUAUAUUGCAAUCUCCAAUAAUACAGAUGCUCAAAACAGCAGUUGCAAAGAAUAUAUUUCUGGUGGUGGUAUGUCUGAUGAAGAUAGAAAGAAUAUAUUUUCUGUUCUGGAUGUGUCCAACCAAGGCAAAAAUACCUUCACAAAACUCAAAGGACUAAACUUGCAGCAAGGAGAAACUUACUUUGUUUGGGUUAUCGGAACUGACAAGUCUGGAGAGUGUGCAAUGACUUCCACUGAAUUCUUGGUUGAUAUCACUCAGCCAAAGCAAGGCAAACUGAAAAUAGGACCCUGGUACAACAUGCCUGUUGCCUACACAACAGAAAACAGUAGUGUCAAUGUGACAUGGGAAGGUUUCACAGACCCGGAGUCUGGUGUUGCUUCUUAUGAACUGUCUCUGUGGAGGAACCAGUCCUGUUAUAGUACAACUGAUGGAGAAUUAGUUAAUGACUGGAUUCAGCUCUCCAGCAACUACUCUUUCUAUCAGUUUGUCGAUCAAAAGUUACAGAAAAAUGUUCCAUACUAUGUGAAGUUGAGAGUGAUAAAUUGUGCUGGAGGUUUCCUCACCGUAGAAUCCCCACCAGUCCUAAUUGAUGACUCGGUGCCUGUGUCAGGGGUUGUUGUAGAUGGGACUGACUUCCAAGACGAUCUACUGUGGUUUGGUGACUCAAGUCAGGUUCAAGGCACAUUUUUACAUUUUCCAAAUCCAACUCACCAAUCUGAUUCAUGUCCAAAUCAGAAAAUUUCCAUGAAAGAUCCUCAGUGGAAGACCCUUAACAGACUUGGAAUGUUGGACCCAGAGGGUGAAUUCUGGAAAGUCAAAUAUGAUAACAAAUAUGUAAUGCCAGCUGCAGUGGAAGACAUUGUUGAUGUGAAACUUGUAUUGACUAAGGAUGCAACAAACCAUGAUAUUAUGGGAGCAGGUGCUCUGUACAGAAAGGCAGAACUGUUUAAAGGGGGGAUAUAUAAGCUGAGAAUAAAAGCAGCUGACAGGAGUGGAGAGGCAGUGACAGAGGUUUUAUUCUGGGAUGGACCUAAAAAGGGCCUAGCAACAUACAAAUAUGAAGAAGAGAAAGAGUUUGAGAACUGUGUCUGCUGCUUCACUAAUCCUAUUCCACCUACUUGUGGUGGGUGUGACUGUCCAGAUUAUCUUCUAAAUAAAGGCUACUUCCUGAAUGAGACUUUCACCACAAGCACCACCACUACACAGGCCCCAGACAACAGAACCUAUCCGCCAUAUGAUGUGGUGGAUGAACAGGGCUCCAGUGUUAUUGAUAAACCAGAGACAAUCCAAAGUGUGGCUUAUGACUCGUGUGGAAUACAAAUCUACUCUGCUGAUACACAUAGCAACAAAAGCGCAUUUGUUGUGUCAUGGUGUCGUUACUUUAAUAACUCGAGGAGAAUGGGCAAACUAGCGUCAGAAAUAAAAGUGAAUCCAAGUGACAACUAUUAUGAUUACGAAAUUGAAUUUGCUGUGAAAAAUGAGGAUUCUACAUCAACAAAAUGGUGCAUGAUGGUGUAUGUGGAGGAAGACUUUAUCAAUGAAAUCUGUGAUGUUCCACAGUUGUCCACCAAUGCCUUGUUAUUUUUCCAUGUCUUCAAGAGACACAAUGAGAUUCCACCACAUGAGGACAGAUUCAGUGUUUGGUCAGCCAAAGCUUCUCUGUCUGGUCUAGAGAUGCCCCCCGCUGUAGGAACCUUGUGUAGAUCUGGUCCUCAGUUCAUCAGUUAUAGCAAUCCUAUCAUGUUGUAUGAAGCUGGAGUUGGAACAUCUCCAUUAUCAACAGAUGCAGUGGAUUUCACACCGAUUGAUCACCCCUGUAUUCCCUGUUAUGGAGAAUGUUCCCAUUAUGGCUGUGAUUCCAACUGUAAUGCCACAGUGACAGUUCAGAAGAUCUUUACCCUGACCAAUAUAAGCUUACCCUCUAAAAGAACAAUCUAUAAUGAGACUGGACAUCCAUCAGAGGAGAUUAUCACUUACUAUAUGACAGUACAUGGUGUGACAGGAUCUGGUGCCACUGCAGAAAGUUCCUCCAGUGGAUUUUAUGUGGAUGAUACAGUCCCAGAAUUUGAUCUGGAUAUCAUGGAAGGAGAUUUUUAUUUUGAUGUUGGACAAGGGGAGAGUACUCCUGUUAAAUACCAGAAAUCAAAUGACACAAUCAAAUGUAUCUGGAAAUGUGAUGAUGAAGAAAGUGGUAUUGUGGAAUACACCUGGGCUAUAGGAACAACUCCAGGAUCUACAGAUAUCCAGAACUUCACAUCUACAGGGCAGAAUGUUGUAGGAAUCAAUGACCAGCUAGCAGGAAUAUUAGAGCAUGACCAGACCUACUACGCCACCAUUACUUGUACUAAUGGGGCUGGUCAUACCACGGUCUACACAGACACAAAAGGAGUUGUUGUGAAGUUAAUACCACCAGAAGUGGAUUCAGUGAACACCACUAUACCUGGAACAAUGCCCUUUGUUGAGGAGGUUUUCCCAAAAGAAUCCAUGCAACAACAUGAUCCCACAACAGUGGGCUUCACUUUCACAAAGUCAGAUGAUCCAUCUGUCAAUAGAUAUGAUCUUUGUGUUGGAUCUGAAGAGAACACAGAUGAUAUAGUUCCAUGUACUUGGGUUGGCUACAACAUGUCUGGGUCUGCAAGCAUCAGAAGUGGAUCAUUGUGGAUAAAUGGCAAAGAAGUGAGAAAAUUGUCUGAGCUAAAUCCUUUGCAUGAUAAUUCAUCUACUUCAAAAAGUGAUGGAUUCAAGAUGCCAGUAGGCAAACAGAUGUUUGUCACCAUGCGACUGUGCAAUGAAGCCAUGUUGUGUACCAACAAGAGUCUUGGAGUUGUAGUGAUCACCAACAGUGAAUCUGUGAUUGCCACCUCCACUAAUGGUACAGCCAUCAAAGAGAAGCUCUCACUCUCUGCCAGAAAGAGAUCUACAAAUGACCUUGACAUCUCAACUCCAAAUGGUUUAGCAGAUGGACAGUCAAUAAUUGUUACAAAGCUAACACAGAAAGAUCUGGAGACUACAUAUAGUUCUGAUGCCUCCACUAACUUUGUACCUUACAUACAAGACCCAGCAACAUCUAACGACAUGGUUCAGAGGCUUCUGUAUAAGAGGUUUUAUGGCCAUGGUUUCUCUUUCUCCUUGGUUCCACUGGGAAACAUUGAACUACCUGGCCCUCUUACCAUGUCUUAUCCUGAUAGUGUAGGAAAAGUGACGACAGGAAACAGGACUACUCUAGUGCACUGGAACUCAAAUAUGCAGUACUGGGAGAUUAGCAGUAAGACGUGCACUCAUCUUACUGCAGAGGAACAAGAGGUGUAUGAUCCAAACACACAAACAAUGACUGUUAAGGUAUGCAGUACAUACAACAUUGAGUCCAAACCCACUGAACCACGACAGAGGAGGUCUGUCCAUCCAGCGUACUUCAGUAGAGAAUCCAUGUUCAUACUGGCAGAUACAGCAGCAUCCAUUUAUAACUCCCCACCUAGACUGACCAGUCUGAAAGAGGUCAAUAUUCUGGAGGACUCUGGGAUAGUAAAAUACCAGCUAGAAGCAACAGAUGAAGAAGAUGAUACCAUUAAGUUCAAACUUGAAGACAAAUCCUACAACCUGGGUGAAGUUACUUUGUCUCCCGAGGGAAUGUUGGUGUACACUCCAUGUCAGGAUUGUUUUGGAGUGGAGGACAUUAAUAUUUUGAUGUAUGAGAAACAAAGAGACCCUGAUAUUCCUCCUGCCAACAGCACAGACACCAUCAGAAUCAACAUCCAGGCUGUCAACGAUCCUCCAUUCAUCUUCCUCAUCCAUAACGGACAGUCCAUACUGCAUGAUGAUCCAACAGAGCCCCUAACUAUUUUGCUGGAGGCUAAGAAUGACUUUAAUGUGGAGCUGUGGGAUGAAUCCUGGACUGCUUUACUUGGAGCAUAUGAUGUGGAAUUGGCAGACUCACUGCAUUUAGAAUUAUCUGGGUCUUCUACAGCAAACUUAACUCUAUCUGAUGAAGCUAGGAGAAUACCAUCAGUCUUAGGAGAUUGUUCUUUUAAUGAGAAUAAUCAGCCUUGUAUCCGCAAUUUUACUCAAAAUCUGCCACAUCCUACUGAUAAACUAUCAUGGCUGAGUUACUCAAUCAAGUUUUCACAACCUUUGAACCAGUUUGGAAAUUUUUCUGCAAACCUCUAUUUCAUGGACAGUGGAAAUGGAACUUCUCAGCCAAUUACCAUCAAAUUUGGUCUGAUGGAAUCUCCUUGUCAUAAUGGUGGAAAAUGCUAUGCCACAGGUGUCUAUCCUUGCAAUGACACCCAUAGAACACACAGUUUUGAUGCCUACUACAGAUGUGAAUGUCCCCGAGGUUAUCAAGGGAAACACUGUACUGAGGAUAUAAAUGAAUGUCUUAGUGAUCCCUGUAUGGCACCCCUCAUCUGUUAUAAUGAAAUCAACCACUACCGGUGUGCAUGUCCCCAGGAUCAGCCAAACUGUGAGCUCCUGCCCUGGAUGAUAGCUCUGAUUGCUGUUCUGGUGGUCGUGGCAAUCGUGACCAUUAUUGUUUUGGCAGUAGUGAGAUAUAAAGUCAAGAAAAGGAAAGAACCCUAUGAAAAAGAACUUCUUGGCUCACAAUCUACAUUAGCCUCCACAUUCAGUCUCAACAAAUCUGAUGAAGGAGAAAAGGAAAAGAUAGAGGAUCAGUGCUCCUCUGAAAUGCUUUGCAAAGGACCAGAGAUCAAGUUUGAUGACUCUGAGAACUUCACAGAAGAAAAGGUUCCAUUGCCUGAUGAAAAGGAGAUGGUUCAUGUACAGAAUUGGGUGGAACAGAAACCUAACCCUGAUUACUAUAGUAACCGCCUUCUGAAAUCAAACUUUAAGCCUUUGUUACCAGUGAAGGAUUCCAUUGUAUCAGGAAAAUCUAUCAAGAAAGACAAGACAGAGAAGAAAUCAGGCAAGAAAACAAGGAAAGAAAAAGCAGAGCAGCAUUUGAAACAGAACCUUAGAAAGAGUAUGGGCCCAACUAAACCUGCAUUCCAGACCCAAAUGCUACCAGAUAUUGUCAGAGCAGACCAUGCAACGAUUCCUGGCUCAAAUGAUCCGAACCUGGUGAAAUCAAGUAAAGUUCAUCCUGUUGAUUUUGACUUGAAACCAAACAAGAAAACUGGUGCAAGGGAAGGCCCUCCAAUUCUCAGUGCUGUUGGAAAUGAGUUCAGCAAGCAAGAGGAGAGUUCUGCUGAUUCAGUCUCUACAUUACUGCAUGACCUAUCACCUUCAGUCAUCACACCAACAGACCCACUGAUGGAAUCACAGACUCCAAGAUUUGAAGGGUUGGUAGUUACCAGACACAAUAAAGUCCAUCCACUGCAUACAACAGGAUCUUGCCUGCAGGCUGCCUUUACUGAUGAGAGCAUGUCUGUUUAUGAGAAGCAGCAGGGAAAGAGAGAUCUGAUUGAGCUAGACACUUCUGAUGGGGCCAUCUCUAAUAAAAAAUGUGGCGUUGAUUUAGAGGAUAAGUCUGGAACCAGCUCAGUCUGAACAACAAUGCUUUAGUUCUCUUAUAGUUGUGUAGAUCCUGUCAAACUUUCAACUUUUUAUUAAUUUAUUUAAUUUGCUACAAACCCCAAUGACUUUUAUUUAUAUAAUAA